ACAUUUACACUGCGGGCUGGAAAUGAAACACAGUUCUUAUUUAAACUUUUUUCCACUGAAGACUGAACUGAGAGUGUACUGGGUGCGCUCUGGAUUUACUGUAAACCUGACUAAGUUGAGAAGUGUCGCUAGAAUGAAUGCUUGAGUUAGCAUUGCGUUAAGCUAACUGUGCUACUCUACAGUCUCUUCUCCUAGCUUCAAAGUUCUUGUCGAAAUGAUCGCAUUUUCGAAAACGCUUGAUCAUCAUGACAUUUUCUGACUAGUAUUAGAUGUGGAUUAUACACGCUCAUGUGGAGUUUCGAUUGCUUUGCAUUGCGUUAAAUGUCAAGACCGAGUCAAGUAGCAAGGGUGAGUAGCAAGCAACAGGCUACAUUGGUUUAGCAGCUCGUCUAGUUUGACAGUGAACUUCAGAUGUUACGAAAGUGGGACAUACGAUCAUAUCUGGACUACGAUCAACCGAAGCUAUGGAUUAAACUGGGAUUUCUGGGUUGAAGUUGCGCUGGCCAGCAAGAUAAACUGUCAACCUUGCUAGCUAGCUUAGCGACCAACCAAGUGAAUGUAGCCUCUUCACCCCCCAUCCACGUCUGUGACUAUAACGGCCAUGGCCGCUUGCCCUCCUCCACAUCAGAACGGUGGCGUCCACAGGCAGGAUCGAGUGCCAAAGCCUCCCGUCACUGCUCUGACACUUCAUCUGUACCACAGCAGCCAGAGGGAGGGAGACUGCACCCCGCUCUGCUACCCUCCAGGAGAAUAUGUUGUUGAACAGCUGGCCAUCGAAGCAGCCAAGGAGAUUGGGGUGUCGCCAGUCUACUUCAACCUUUUCGGCCUUUACAGAGAAAGUGACCGUGUGUGGCUGUCACCCAAUUACAUCCUUCACUUAGAUGAAUCUGCCAAAGAGAAUCUGAUUUUCAGAAUUAGGUUCUAUUUUCCUGGAUGGUAUAGCUGUGGAGGAUCACGAGCUUACCGAUAUGGCUUUACUAAAGGAUCCGAAAGUUCGGUGAUGGAUGACCAUGUUAUGGCUUACCUUUUUGCCCAGUGGAGAAGUGACUUUGUGAACGGCUGGGUGAAGCUGUCCAAUAACCACGAGACCCAAGAAGAAUGCCUUGGCAUGGCGGUUUUAGACAUAAUGAGGAUAGCCAAGGAGAAGCAGUGCUCACCACUUGAUAUUUACAGUGCCAUAAGCUAUAAGUCCUUCCUCCCGAAAGACAUGCGGGUGCAGAUCCAGGACUACCACUUUGUGACGCGGAAGCGGAUACGCUACCGGUUUCGCAAGGUGGUGCAGCAGUUCAGUCAGUGCCGGGCCACCCCCCGAGACCUCAAGCUCAAGUACCUGAUCAACCUGGAGGCGCUCGAUUCAGGCUUCUACACAGAGCGCUUCCAGGUCAAAGAGGCAUCGGCUGGCCAGGUUGUUAUCAUCGUGUCCGCUGAUCAAGGCCUCCAGUGGUGCCGCGAGAAGCAAAAAGAUGCCCAGCCAGAGGAGCUGCAGACAUAUUGCGAUUUCCCUCACGUCAUUGAUAUCAGUAUCAGACAAGCCAGCAAAGAAGGUGCCAACAAGAGCCGGGUUGUCUCCAUCAACAAACAAGAUGGCAAAACUCUGGAGCUCGAGUUUACCUCCCAAGCCGAGGCUCUUUCCUUCGUGUCUCUGAUAGAUGGCUACUACAGGCUCACUACAGAUGCCCAUCACUACCUCUGUAAAGACGUUGUUCCUCCUCGAUUACUGGAGGUCAUCGAGAACUACUGCCAUGGGCCAAUAUCAAUGGAGUUUGCCAUCAGUAAGCUGCGCAAGGCUGGAAACCAGCGAGGUCUAUAUGUGCUACGCUGCAGCCCCAAAGAUUACAACAAAUACUUCCUGACAUUUGCUAUCGGGAUAUAUAAUGAAGUGGAGUACAAGCAUUGUCUGAUCAGUAGAUCAGAAAGUAGUGAUUAUGUUCUGAGUGGGACUAAGAGGACCUUCAGGAGCAUGCAGGAGCUGCUUAAAUGCUACCAAAAAGAGACCAUCAGAUCAGACGGAAUCGCCUUUCAGUUCAGCAAAUGCUGCCCUCCCAAGUCCAAAGAAAAGUCAAGUCUGCUGGUGUGUAGGAGCAAUAAGGGCUCUGAGGUUCCUCCCUCACCCUCCUUGCAGAGACAGAACAUCAGUCAGAUGGUUUUCCACAAAAUCAGGAAAGAAGAUCUUGAGUUGGGGGCGAAUCAAGGUCAAGGAACAUUUACCAAAAUCUUUAAGGGAAUUCGAAAAGAGCUGGGCGAUUAUGGAGAAAUGCACAAGACAGACGUGAUCAUCAAAGUCCUUGAUAAGGAGCACAGGAAAUAUUCUGAGUCUUUCUUUGAGGCAGCCAGUAUGAUGAGUCAGCUCUCACACAAGCAUCUGGCGCUCACCUAUGGCAUCUGUGUGUGUGGCGAGGAGAAUAUUAUGGUACAAGAAUUUGUGAAGUUUGGCUCCUUGGACACCUACUUGAAGAAGAACAAGAAUUCUGUGAAUAUCUUGUGGAAACUGGAAGUCGCAAAACAGCUCGCAUGGGCCAUGCAGUUCCUGGAGGAGAAGAACCUGGCACAUGGGAAUGUGUGUGCAAAAAAUGUGCUUCUGAUCCGUGAGGAGGACAAGAAGACGGGCAACCCUCCCUUUAUCAAACUCAGCGACCCGGGAAUCAGCAUCACAGUGCUGCCUAGAGAGAUUUUGUUGGAGCGAAUCCCAUGGGUGGCUCCUGAAUGUAUUGUAGACCCUAAGAACCUUAGUCUAGCUACAGAUAAGUGGAGCUUUGGCACUACGCUCUGGGAGAUAUGCAGUGGAGGAGAGAAGCCUCUUGCUAACAUGGACAACUCAAAAAAACGCAUGUUCUAUGAGAACCACCAUCAGCUGCCCGUCCCCAAGUGGACAGAACUGGCCAACCUGAUCAACAGUUGCAUGGACUAUGAGCCAGCUUUCAGGUUAUCCUUCAGAGCCAUCAUCCGUGACCUCAACACUCUUUCUUGUCCAGAUUAUGAAACCGUAAUGAUGGAGAGUGAUGUGGUGCCCAUUCGAACAGGAGGUCUUGCAUUUGCCACAGGAGCUUUUGAAGAUCAAGAGCCAGUGCAGUUUGAGGAAAGGCAUCUGAUUUUCCUACAGCAGCUUGGCAAGGGAAACUUCGGCAGUGUGGAAAUGUGCCGAUACGACCCCCUGCAAGACAGCACAGGUGAAGUGGUGGCAGUAAAGAAGCUCCAGCAUAGCACCACAGAGCACAUCCGCGACUUUAAGCGUGAGAUCGAGAUCCUCAAAUCACUUCAGCAUGAGAACAUCGUGAAAUACAAAGGAGUGUGCUAUGGUGCAGGUCGACGAAAUCUUCUGUUGGUUAUGGAGUACCUGCCCUUUGGCAGUCUGAGAGAUUACCUUAGCAAAAACCGGGACAGGAUUGAUCACAAGAAGCUUGUACAUUAUGCUUCUCAAAUAUGCAAGGGGAUGGAGUACCUUGCAAAUAAACGUUACAUCCAUCGAGAUCUGGCCACUCGAAACAUUUUGGUGGAGAGCGAGUCUCGGGUGAAAAUCGGGGAUUUUGGCCUGACUAAGGUUUUGCCUCAGGGGAAAGAAUACUACAAGGUCAAAGAGCCUGGAGAGAGUCCAAUAUUCUGGUACGCUCCCGAAUCACUUACAGAGAGCAAGUUCUCGGUGGCAUCGGACGUCUGGAGUUUUGGUGUUGUUCUGUAUGAACUCUUCACACACAGUGACAAGAUGUGCAGCCCUCCUACAGUGUUUAUGAGCAUGAUGGGAGGAGACAAGCAUGGACAGACUAUAGUAUAUCAUCUCAUCGAGCUGCUUAAGCAAGGGAAUCGCUUACCCCAGCCGGUGGGAUGCCCUUCUGAGAUGUACGAAACAAUGCAGGAAUGCUGGGAUAGCGACCCAAGCUUCAGGCCAGCCUUUAAGGAGCUCUCUCUGCGCAUCGACUUGUUCAGAGAUGGCAGCGACUCAGACCGAUAUACCCAAGUGCCUCAGUUUUAGUAAAAAAACCUUGCUGUGUUUUUAUAACCGCCAUUGAUAUUACCAGGACCCGGACGAGAAUCAAGACCCGUAUCAUCAGCCUCCUCAUGUUUCUCACUGUGCAAUCCUGGCAGAACCUUAUUUAGGACCUGCGAUCUUAAAGCAGCCUUCAGUUUCUGUC